UUUUUACAUUGUAUUUGGAGUUCUCAUUGUUGCAUACAUUAAUCGUGAGUAGCCUCUUUAUUCUGGCCAAGUGUCAGUGUAGUGCCAGAGAUUAUUCCUGACACCAGUCCACCACAGGGCACAAUACACACUCACCCUUACACAUACAGAGAGCUCAUGCAGCUGAGAACAUGAAUCUGUAAUCAACACCCGGUUGUGGCUUGAGAUGCUUUACCUGCCAAACCAUGACCUAUUCAAAAUUUCCAAAGCCAUUCAAUUUCCAUCUCUCUUCUCUACUUUGUUUUGGCAGCUAGUGCCAGAUUGUCAUCAGUGCCAUUCUGCUGACACUACCAUUCCCACCAUGAUCUCAUGUCAUUCCAGAUGGAUCCAAAUGUAAGCCCCCUUUUCUGGGUCUUUCUGUAUAUAAAGGCAGGUUGUGGCCACAUUUGAGGGUAGUACACACCUUUUGACUUCUCUCUACUCUUGGAUCCUUGCAUAGCUUCCAUUUAUCUUCCUUCAUUUAUUCACCUAACACACACUCUUUUAAAGUGUGUCCAAAGCAAAAGCUCAGAAAUUGGACCAAGACUGCCCAAGCAACAGCAAGCUGAGAAGUUAUGGAUAUUGCCAUUCAGUACCCGUGGUUCAGACGUGCCCUGAACUACCCCCCUCGCCUCUUUGACCAGUUCUUUGGUGAAGGUCUAUUUGAUCAUGACCUUUUCCCUUUUUCUUCCUCUACCAUCAGCCCUUACUAUCGCCAAUCUCUCUUCCGCAGUUUUCUGGACUCCUCCAACUCUGGCAUCUCCGAGGUGAGGUCUGACAAGGACAAGUUCAUGGUUUACCUAGAUACAAAGCACUUCUCCCCUGAGGAGCUCAACGUAAAGGUGGUAGAUGACUAUGUGGAGAUUCACGGCAAGCAUGCAGAGAGACAGGACGACCAUGGCUACAUCUCACGAGAGUUCCAUCGCCGCUACCGUCUUCCCUCCAACGUGGAUCAGUCAGCCAUCACCUGUUCACUGUCAGGUGAUGGCCUGCUCAACAUCUGUGGCCCAAAAACAAGUGGCUCAGAAUAUGGGCAUGGAGAUCGCACCAUUCCUGUCACCCAUGAUGACAAAACCAAUCCUUCCCCUACCUCUUAGACAAGUGGUUGAGGGGAUAUGACCAUGGCUCAACAGGGGUUCAAUUUAAAUCUUUAGAUUAUUAUUAUCUAGUAUAAAAGGGACAAACAGAUUAAGAGGGAUGGAUGGCCACUGUUUGGGAAGUUCAUUCAAAUCUGGCCACUCUAGAAUGUAACCAAAUUUUGGAAGCUGAUUUACUUUUCUCUGAAGAAGUUCAAAAGUUAAAAAAAAUAUGUUUUUCUUUUUUGGUUAAAAAAAAAACUCUGUUAAGUAGGGCUAUGAUUUGCAAGAGGUUCUAUAUACAUCCAACCAUCCUCCUAACUGUUCUUCCUUACCUGUGUCUCAACUUCCUUACUGUGUCUCUUCUAACCUUGUUCUACUGAAACGCCCCUCACCUGAGGCAUGUGCUAAAAUAUGAAUACAAUAAAAUUGUAUUAUUAACCAAAACAAAAA